AUGUUUGCCUUUAAUAGUCGACAACGAAAUCAGACGCCAAACGAAGACAAUCAGUGGCUUGUGGUCAGCGAUUCAGUGGUUCCCGCAGCCGAUGAACAGUCGGUUGAGUUUCGGCUUAAGAAUAGCCAAUCGGGGGUCACAUUGCAGGCCAUUAUCUAUGCGCUAAUCGAGGGUCAAGUGAUACGUCUGAAAGUGAAUGAAUUGAAUGGUUUGCGGCAGAGGUUUGAGGCGAAGGACUCUCUCCUGACAGACAUUCCGCACUCGAGGCUCCAAGUGGUGGACCAAACGGCACAGGGAUUUGUUGUCCAGUUGACGGGCACUAAGAACAAGGCGUUUGUCAGUACCAACCCAUUCAGGAUCGAUGUCUACAGCGAUGACAAACUGGUCAUCAGUGGUAACCAGAGAGGACUCUUCAAGUUUGAGUACUCGCGACCCAAACCUCAAGAUGGUUAUCAAUAUACAAAUGAUGAUAAGACUGAUCCGUACUAUAAUCCAGAAGUGGAUGAUUCACUUGAUUAUGUUGAUGAAUAUGAGGCUAAUGAGGCUGAGGCUGACGAAGCUAACGCUGAGAAUGAGGGCCAACAACAACCGGCACAACCCCUCGAGGAAUGCACUGACAGUUGUUGGGAUGAGCCCUUCAAAUCACAUACCGAUACCAAGCCGUACGGCCCGAUGUCAGUGGGC